AUGGUUGGUAAAAAACGCCAAGAUUCACCUUCCAAAUCGGAAGCUUUGACAAAAGCAUUAGAAAAGAAAGCAAAGGUUGUACAAAAUAUAGAGAGAAUCCGUCAAUCUAUUAGGGAAAAGACUAUUUCUUUUAAUCCUAUUGAGCUAGAAUGUAGAUUGGACAUAUUGACAAGUUAUAUAGACCAAGCAAUGAAGCUUCAGUCUGAGGUUGAUAAUUUAGAUCCCAAUAAUGAUGACAGAGCUGAGCUUGAGGAUAUUUGUGUAACAACAAAAUCAUUGUUUUUAAGUAUCUUGGCUAAAACUAGAAAAUCGAGUGUGCCUGAAACAUCGUUUAGUGUACAGUCACACCAGUCGAGAUUACCAAAUAUGAAGCUCCCUAAAUUCAGCGGAAAAUAUUCCGAUUAUAAAAACUUUAUGAGCCUAUUUGAGAACUUGGUCCACAAUGAUCCGAUGUUGACAGACAUAGAAAAAUUUAACCAUUUAAAAUCAUGCUUGUCCGAAGAAGCUUUAGGAACAGUAAAAGCUUUUCAGAUUUCUGAAGAAAAUUAUCCCAAAGCUUUAGCUAGUUUAAAGAAGGUUUACGACAAUGAAUGUUUGAUAUUUUUCGAUAAUAUCUCUAAACUUUUUGAUCUUCCAGAGAUCACUAAACCUUCGGCUUCUGCUUUGCGAAGCAAAGCUGCAAUUUAUGAUUCUCUUUUAUCUAUAGGAGAUGAUAAAAAGAUUACAAAUGCUAUUUUAAUCCAUUUAGUGAUGUCAAAAGUAGAUCCAGUGACCAAAUCUAAGUGGGAAGAACAGCUAGAUUUCGAAAAGCUGCCACUAUGGUCAGACUGUGAAGCCGCCUUGAACAAACGGUAUCAGCAUAUUGCUGCUGAUGAAUCUUCAAGUUCAAGGCCGAGGUUUAAUAAGAACAAAACUGACAAUUCUACAAAGAAAAAUAAUAAAACAUCACUAAAUUGUACGAAAUCAAGACAAUCUACUGACAAAUGCUUAUUUUGCAAAUCAAAUCAGCAUAUAGUUGUUAAUUGCCCUUCAUUUGCAGCUGAGCCUGUACUUCAAAGAUUUGAUUUUAUAAAAUCUGUGCCAGCUUGCAUCAAUUGUUUGAAAAAAGGACAUACAGUAGCUAGAUGUUCAGCACCUAAGUGUAGAAUUUGCAGUGCGUCUAAUAGCAACUUUGAACAGCAGUCAACUUCUAACGCGUCAGUAAAUUACUCAUCUUCUGAUGAUAGAAUUAUUCUAGCGACAGCUGUAGUAAAAGUUAGAAAUUGUUCUGGCAAUUUUAUAUUAGCCAGAGCUCUUUUAGAUUCCGGUUCUCAACCAAACUUGAUAACUGAGGAACUUGCACAGCUACUACGAUUAAAAAGAGAAGGAGGUAGAUUGAAGUUGAAUGGCAUUUGCGAAACAAAUUCAUAUUCAAAAUCUUGUGUUAAUUUAACUGUCACGUCGAGGGUUAACUCUACUCAAUUUACUUCAAAGUUUUGGGUAUUGAGUUCUAUAACUAAUUUACAGCCUGAUCAUUCAAUUAGUACAACUAGCUUAGAAAUUCCUAAAAAUAUAGAAUUAGCUGAUCCUUGCUUUCACAAACCCCAAAGGAUUGACUUAUUAAUUGGCGCAGAGAUAUUCUUUGACUUAAUUUGUGUCGGACAAAUUAAAUCUGGUCCUAGUCUUCCAAUUUUACAGAAGACUUCUCUUGGUUGGAUUGUUACUGGAAAGUAUAAUCAAUCAAAGGGAUCUAACGCCAAUAAUAAAGUUUUUCAUAUAAAUUCUUCUAUUGAAAACGAGAGCAAUAUAGAUUCUAUCGUUAAAAAAUUCUGGGAAUUAGAAGAAAUUCCGAAAGAAUCGACAAAAAUAUAUUCUGAAGAGCAGCAGGAAUGCGAGGAAAUCUUUAGAAAUUCAGUACGACGUUUAUCGUCAGGACGAUUUGAAGUCUCAUUGCCUUUCAAAUCUGAUACAAAAUUGCUAGGUUCAUCUUUCGAAACCGCUAAAAGAAGAUUUCUUUCAUUAGAACGAAAACUUUCUAAAAAUAAUGAAAUCAAGCAAAUGUAUCAUGAUUUUAUGAAAGAGUAUUUCGACUUAGGUCAUAUGUCAAUUGUAGACAAAAUACCAGAUUUUCCUUAUUAUUUCAUUUGUGACAAAUUUUGCUUUAAAUGA